ACCGACGAGUUUUUUCCUUCUUGCAAGGAAAUUAAUUCUGGAGCUGGGUGUCAGUCCUUUCUAGGGACUUUGUGGGUUCAAAAGUGCAAUCAAGCAACAGAACGGGGCUUUACCUACGCGAGAAUCUCCGCCGAGAACUUCAUGACCUUCAAGAAACGAAAUCUCUAUGCUAAUACCGAGGAGCCUGCGUGCGAAAGACUCCUCGUUCUGAGCUUCACCAAAGAACCACAUUCUACGGAUUUACCAGAGCGAACAAUCUUAGAGAGUUCUGGACUCGACUCCCUCUACAGAUCCACAACUCUGAAUACAACCUCCACGAUCCUGGCGAAAAAGGAGGCAUCUGUACUUCGAAAACCUACCUCAACUCCAAGUCCACGGAGAAUCCGACAUACCCAGCUAGCUUCUCCAUACCGAUGCUACAUCGAAAUUCAAUCGACCUUUCCAUCCGAGCCACGCUUCAUCCUCCCCUAAAGUCAGGUACCAGACAUCCAUAUCCCAAUUGCAAUCUCCGACCCAAGCCUCUCAAUACUUAGGUACUUUACCUACUCCCUUAUACAGUCCCGAAGUAGUAACAACAACAACCA